AUCUUGUCCGAAUGUAGCCUUUCUCAACGGCUACUCUGCAGUGAAGCCAGAUUUUAAAAUCUCUUCUUGGAUGUCUCGCCAUGACCAAACUUCAAUCCUAGAGUACCUAACCUCUACGCGCUCCUUCUCUAAACCCCUUCCCAGCCUCUCUACGCAAUGGACAGUUCUGAGUCUUUGGACAUAGACGACCAAGAAGAGAAUGGAGACGAGUUCUACGAGAAGAUCGAGGCCCCCAAGUUUGUGGACCUCACCGCACCCGAUCCCUACAACCCCGGCGAUGAUCGCUACUGGUUCUGCUUGCGAGUUGGUUGCGACCAAAAGCAUGAAGAGGAAAUGGAUUCUGAAGCAAUCUACAAAAAUUUUGUUCUUCGGGUCAUGGCUGCAAGAAGUCCCAAUGUUCGUCUUCGAAAAGCACUGUAUAGAAAGGAUUCAGGUACCAAUUUGAAAUGUCCACGAACAGUUCCUGCAAAACCUUCGAAGUCUAGAGUAUCAAGACUGGCCCUGAUUUCUUCGAUAUCUAGAAGGAUAGUAGAUCCUAAAGUGAAAGUGAAGCCCAUUUCUAAGCAAACUGUAACCCCAAAUGUAAAGGCAAAGCAGCCUUCUUUUGUAGCCAAGGCUUUGACAACUCCACGGACCAAAAAGCAGCUAUCGAAUCCAGAUGCAUUUCGGAGUGUUAGGAACCCGAAAACAACAGCCACUGCAGUGCCAAAGAGUAGAGUGGCAGCGAAGGCUUUGCUAUUUCAUUCGCCUAAGAAAUCACUGAGAACAAAGAGUUCACUAGAAUUGAAUACACCUGUAAAGACAUUGUGUGCUGAGAUGAAGGAGCUUGAGAUCACUAGUGCCAAGAAGCAAUUGCCUCCAGAUGCUGCUAAAAAACAAUUAAGAGGACGAGAGGUUAAAAGCGGAGUUUUUGAUGGGCUACAUUCUCAAAAUCACAAGAAUCGGAAAGUCAAAUGUUCUAAAUAUUUAAAGAAAAAUAAUACUGAAGAGAACUCACAGCAGUAUCAUUAUCCUGUGCCUCAUGAAAGGGAUGAAAAUGACUUCAGUGAAGCGGAGAUUGAGGAGAAAAUAAGGAAUGGUUCUCAGGGAUUGUGCUCUACUUUUAAGAACAAUGAAGGAAACGAGAAUGAAGGGCCUUUAACAAAUAAAGUUGAAGCUUCAUCAGAUGCCUGCGGAAGUGAUUCUAACUCCCUGUCAAAUUGUGAAGGGAGGAGCUCAGAAAAUGAUAAUAAAAGGCAUACUUCGACCUCAGAUGACAAGGAAAAUGAUACUGAAGUCAUGGAGAGUGAUGAUAAGGAAAAUUUUUCUGCCUCUGAUGAUAACAGAGAAUCGGAUCAAAAGGUUAGUCAUAUUGAACGUAAAAUUCUUGGCAAGCAUGAAUCACCAAAAGGCAAUCAAAAGACCACUGAAGCAAAAAGUAAGCAAUCUAAAGAAAACUCCACCACUGCUGCCAGUAGUGCUCAAGGGCUGAAGCAUAAAAAACCUAAGCCUACAAAUCCAAAGCCUUUCCGGCUAAGAACUGAUGAAAGAGGAAUUCUCAAGGAACAGGAGAAGAAACUCUAUCCUGCAACUCUCAGUGAAAUCACAACAGUCCCAAGUGUACCAGGAGGAAGCUUGCAGAAAAAAUGUCACAAUGCAAUCCAAAGAAUUGAAAAGUGCAUUGAGCAAACUGAGAAUUGCACACACACAAAUGAGAACAUUGAAAAGGAAACGAACAGAGCCCAGAUAAGUCAGCCUCAAAAGGAAACUUGCAGCUUAAAGAAUUCGAAAGAUAGAGUGGGGAGAAAAUUUUCUUCAGCUCCGCUGAGACAUACAAUUUCUUCACAGAAGAAGCUUGUGGCUUCACAACAGGAAUGUAGCCCGGAUAAAUCAAGUCUAAAAUUGGGAAGCAAGUUGAGAAGAACCAAAUCACCAUCAAUGAAAGAACAUGCAAGGCCUCGAGAGGCAGCAUCAGGUAGAAAGGAAAUGAUUUCUGUUAUGACAACUGAUCAACUUGGCACAAUAAAGGAAAACUCUCCAACAAUUUUAGAAGCCAAGAAAGCUGCAAAGCCAACAGAAAGUAGGGGAAAAGGUUCUGUUUCUCCUGUUUCCAGGCCCUCAUUACAGGGGAGAAGGUUCAAAACCAUUGCUAAGGAACCAAACUUUCAUGCUAUUCAUGUGCCAAAGAGCUGCACCAGGAGAGUAGCUUGAACUAGUGACUAAACGCAAUUACCUGUUGACUGUACCAUAUCUCUUUUGUUGUCGUUCAAUUGAUUCAUUGAAUUAUAUAUUCUUUCCAGAAAA